GUAAAGUGAGGUGGCGCCACGGUCGGCAAUUAAAAAAUGUGAAUAAAAAACCAACAUGGCGAGGAGUAGACGAUGUACAGUGAUGUGUUGACAAAAGUUUCCCGUUUUUAAACAUGUCUGGCACGCCAUCGAGUCGUCGGAAUGGUGCGCAAAAAAUCCGGUUGACGAUUCUUUGCGCGAGGAAUUUAGUGCGGAAGGAUUUGUUCAGGCUUCCAGAUCCGUUCGCCAAAAUUUCGGUGGACGGAAGCGGGCAGUGUCAUUCGACCGAUACUGUGAAAAACACGCUGGACCCCAAAUGGAACUCUUACUAUGAUUUGUACAUUGGCAAAACAGAUACCAUUACUAUAUCAGUUUGGAAUCAUAGAAAAGUACAUAAAAAGCAAGGAAGCGGGUUUCUUGGCUGUGUUCGUAUCGUCAAUUCGCUAAUACAGCGUUUGAAAGAUACCGGUUACCAGUGCCUCGAUUUGGGCAAGGCGUCGCAAGACGACACCGAACCAGUUAAAGGCCAAAUCAUCAUUUCGCUACUUUCUCGGGACGGUCCGUGCGGCGGCACGCCUCUGGCGAUCGUUAGCCCGCUGGGCGACAUCCGCGGGCCCGCUAACAACCAUCAUCCACUGUCGUCUCCCGCGAGCGCAGAUGACCCUAACCGCAACAAUGAGACGACCAUAACGACGAUGAACGGCGGUGGCGGCGACUCCGACUCCACCCCACUGCCGUCUGGUUGGGAAGAGCGGCGUACGUCGAACGGACGUCUCUAUUACGUCAAUCAUUCGACCAGGUCGACGCAGUGGGUGCGGCCACAGGCCGGGGCUAAGCCGAAAGGCGGAGGUGGGCGGAUCAGGGCCGCCAACAAUAACAACAACAUCGGGGGGGUGGUGAACGGCAAUGUCGAAAAUAAUAACGUCGACGCAGAAAGACCCGCGGAUCCGGCCACUCUGCAGGAGGAUGGCUGUCCGCUUUCGCCCUGCGGUUCGAGCGCGUCACCGCCGCCUGCGACCAGCCCCCAGCAGCACAAAGACACUUCGAGACAGAACGCCGCGGCUUCUCCCCGGAGUAACUGUCCGCCUCCCACCAAUGGCGGCAUUCCUUCGUCGAGCGGGGCGGGCGUCACGUCUCCGACGAACAGCGGCGCCGCACCUCAGCGGCCACCCACGCGAGAUCGACGUCCUCGCAAUGGUGCCGAGGAGAGGCGGGACGGGAGCGGGAGGCGUCGAUCCGCCCGCAAUCGGAACUCGAUCCUGGCGCAGCAGGUGCAAACUGCCGUCAGUCAGGCGGCCGCCACCGCUAACGGGAGCGGCGGAGGGGGCAAGUUGGAUUUGCCACCGGGAUAUGAAUUGAGGACGACGCAACAAGGCCAAGUGUACUUCUACCACAUACCGACCGGCGUGUCGACGUGGCACGACCCCCGCAUCCCCAAGGACCUCGCUCCCAGUGUCAGUCUCGCUCUCCUCGUCGGACACUUAGGCCCGCUGCCUCCCGGCUGGGAAAUGCGCCAGACGACGUCGGGCAGGAUAUACUUCGUCGACCACAACACUAGAACUACGCAGUUUACCGACCCGCGUCUUAAUUCGCAACUCCUCAACAACAUUCUCAAGAGGGUGAACACUACCGCUACUACCACCACCACACCCACGACAGGCCACGGAGUCGCUGUGCAGGCGACGUUGUCGACCGCAACGACGACGACGACUACUACUACGACGACUGUAGCCGCCCAACAGCCUCAGGCUCCUUUGGUCGCUAACCCCUCGUCUGUUCCAUCGCCGCGCGCGAGGGUGACGGAGGAGCUGCCCCAAGGUCUGCUAGGCGAGCUCGACCACCUGCCCAAGUACAGGCGCGACCUGGUAGCGAAACUCAAGGUCUUAAGGGCGGAGUUGACAGCUCUCCAGCCGCAAAGCGGUCACUGCCGCUUAGAGGUGGCCCGGAACGAGGUGUUUGAGGAGAGCUAUAGACUUAUAAUGAAGAUGCGGCCGAAGGACAUGCGCAAACGCCUAAUGGUCAAGUUCCGCGGUGAGGAAGGUCUCGAUUAUGGGGGCGUGGCGCGCGAAUGGCUGCACCUGCUGUCGCGCGAGAUGCUCAAUCCCCAGUAUGGGCUUUUCCAGUACAGCCGCGACGACCACUACACCCUCCAGAUCAACCCGGAUUCGUCGGUCAAUCCGGAACACCUGUCUUACUUUCACUUUGUCGGCCGCGUGCUCGGCAUCGCGGUGUUCCACAAUCACCAGCUGGAAGGCGGAUUCACGUUGCCCUUUUACAAGCAGCUGCUCAACAAGCCGAUCACGCUGCAGGACAUCGAGGGCGUCGACCCCGAGCUCCACCGUAGCCUUACAUGGAUGCUGGAAAACAAUAUCGGCGGCGUACUCGAUACCACCUUCUCCGUCGAAAACAACAGUUUCGGCGUGGUGAAGGUGCACGAGCUUAAACCGGGCGGUUCCGCUAUCGCCGUCACCGAGGAGAACAAGCGAGAGUACGUGCGCUUGUACGUCAAUUACCGGUUCAUGCGCGGCAUCGAGCAGCAGUUCCUGGCCCUCCAGAAGGGGUUCGCGGAGCUGGUGCCGACCGCGUCGUUGAGGCCGUUCGACGAGCGCGAGCUCGAGCUCGUGAUCAGCGGCAUCGGAUCGAUCGACGUCGACGAUUGGCGCGCCCAUACCCGCCUCAAACACUGCACGCCCGAGACGCAGGUGGUGCGGUGGUUCUGGCAGGCGGUUGAGUCGUACUCGGAGGAGAUGCGCGCGCGUCUGCUCCAGUUCGUCACCGGCAGUUCCCGCGUGCCGCUCCAGGGAUUCAAGGCGUUGCAAGGGAGCACGGGGGCGGCGGGCCCGCGUCUCUUCACCAUCCACUGCAUCGACUGCCCGCCCCAGAACCUACCGAAGGCGCACACCUGUUUCAACAGGAUCGACGUGCCGCCCUACGAGUCCUAUCAGGCGCUCCUCGACAAGCUGACUCAGGCGGUGGAGGAGACUUGCGGUUUCGCGGUUGAAUGAUCCGCGUAGAAAUAGGGGGCGCGGCUUGGAACACCGGGACGUCGGACGGAUCAGCAGCCGCGCGACGUUGCCAUGUUUCGUACAUUUUCUGGUCGUCGCCGGUAUUACCGCGUGAUAGCGGUUAGACAGGGUUGAGGGAGGGGUUUUUUUUUCGCUUAAAAGACUGUUACAAGUGCCUUUUUCGCGGCGCACCUUUCGCUGUUAUGUAUUUUAUGGCGGUGUCGGUCCAUUUCGAGACCCCCAGUGUCACGCGCGCGUUUUUUUUUCUGUCCAUAUCUCCGGUAAGUACAAAAUGACCUGUUGUAAUUUUGAAAUUUUAAAAAUCGUGCCCGUUUAUGCAAGAAGGUGAGAUGGAAGCUUUAGGUAAAAUUUCCGUAACGAGGAACUUUUACGCGGUUUCAGCCCUUUAAGGAAAAUGCAAUGUACCCGUUCGCGAGUAGGAAAUAAAUAAUUUGAAGCUGGUUUUUUUUGUUGCUAAAAUUAUUAAAACGUAAGCUUUAAGAAGGGUGGUUUGUUGGCGGAUAUCGGUUUCCUGUGCGUUUUUAUAAAGAAAAAGGAUCGUUUCACGUAGACAUUCCCAAAUUUUAGUCGCCGGGUUCGGAAUUUUUUUUUGAUAUUUUGGAGGUUAUUGAUUUCUCGUGGCAACUUUUAAAAUAAUAUUGUUCCUGCCAGUUUUGCACAACUUCCCGAGAUUUAUAGCCUAUAUGUAUCUAGCACAUAAUUAUAAAUUUCAAAACAAUCUAAUUCCACAGUAUUUUUAUAUCAAAAAGAUUAAAAUUAUAUAGAUAUUUUUAUUAAAAUUUAAAAAUCAAAUAAAUUUUAUAUUCUAAUAAAUUUUUUUCAAAAAUUAACGCUACCUGGAAACGCUACGGAAAAAUUGCUGUAUUUGCUUUCGGCGUAUUUUUUUUAUAAAAACAAUUACAGCAUUUUUUUUAUUUCGAAAUUCUUCAUUCUUCAUAGCUUAAGUAGAAAAAAACACUCCCGAAACAUGUUUUUCCCUGGAAAUUUUGCAGAAGGUGGGAUAGGCGAGAAGACACACAGACAUCUAGCAAAAUGUACGCAAAACAUUCCAGUUGUAAAAUGAAAUCCGAAUGAAAAUAUCGCUUUGCCGUUUUGCGUUUAAACGAAAGAAAACGGCCACGCAACUUUAGUAAUUAAAAAGAAAUAAAGGAAAAUUUUAUAUCUAAAAGGCGGUCUCGACACGCUCUACUUUCCUGAAAAUUGAAAGGGAUCUUUUCAUAUUGCAACAAAAUACUGUGCAGAAAAUGCCACUUCUAACCUACAAUCUGCCGAAUUGAAGAACUGUCAGCGGCCAAGUUAUUCGUUGAGGGCAAAUUUAGAAAUGCGCACACGUAUAUUGAAAAUGCCUGUCUGCGCAGUUUUACUGUGUAACAUUUAUCCGUUGUUGAGGUCUUGGGGGGAGGGGAGGGAAGCCGGGGGGGAGAAAAGCGGAGUUGUGAUUCUUCUCUUAUAAUUAUGAGCCUGUACAUACGCGUCGCGUCAAUUAUUACGUUGACGAAAGCAAAGAAAAGUAGCAAUAUAUACACAGUGUUGGGUCCUAAAUUGUCUGGAAUUUUAUUGAACACCUUGUAUUUUUGUAUAAUAAUCGCACCACGCCGGGGCGGGAUCCGAUCGAUUGGGUCUUUGUUAUAUUUUUACACUUUACAUUUUUUUAACGUAGUCACGUUUUUUUAUACAUAUUUUAUAUUAUAUAUUAUUACGCAACAGAAUACUCCAGUUAUUAUAUUGUAAAUAUAUAUAUAGGUGCUGCGUGGACGCUCGUUUUUUAACAAAGCACGCCGAAGUUGAAUUUAUUUGUAUAUUAUGUAAAAUUUAAAUAUAUUUUGGAACA